AUGGCACGCUUUUUCCCUGCACUACUAUUCCUGCUACAGAUAACUUCAGUGUUCAAUUCUCAUUUUCGUGGAUCGAUGGUAACCUGGCGUGUAAUCAAUUCAACAACAAAUCCACUGCAGGUUGAGGUCUUACAACGUCAUGCUUGGAAUUACGCAUGGUGGCCGUGUACAAACGCACAGAUAUCUGCGGGAAACUACACGAUCGGCUCAGGAAUUUUGAAAUGCAUGUCAUCAUGUCCACCAAAUGUCAGUACACUAAAUGCAGUAACAGUACCAUGCACUGGAUUCAAUCAAAUUGAGCAGUAUGUUAGCGGCGAAGGACGUUUCACUUUCCAAGUCUCACCAAAUUAUCGUUUUCGCGCGAUAUUCAGCGGAAGUGCUUGGUUUGCUUUAGUCACUGGUGGUGGCAAUUGGUCGAUUGCAGUCGAAAUCAAUACAUAUCUUCGACCAAAUGGUCGAUAUAAUCAAGCACCCAUCGUUACCAUGUUGCCCAUCAUUCGACUUCGUCGUUUUCUAACCUAUAAUAUCAAGAUAAACGUUGCUGACAAUGAUUUCGAUCGUUAUAAGUGUAUUUGGUCGAAUACAAGCGACGAAUGCGGUGGAAUCUGUCGAUCGGUGCUCAGUUUGCCUGCUUCGACCUAUCUCAACGAAACAAGUUGCGUUUUACGCUUUACUCCAGCUACUGUGGGCUUCUACGCCAUGGCAUUCACUGUGCUCGAUUACGAAAACGACACAAGUAUUGAUCCGCUUUCGCGUGUGCCUGUUCAAUUUAUCUUUAAUGUUUGGGAUUCGAAUAUAACAUGUUCGACACCACCGAUUUAUAUUGGCGAUGCACCCGCUGAUCAAUGUAUUUUUGUCGAACCUGGUCAAAUUAUUACCAUGAUCAUUCGAAUUCGUGUUCAAUGUGCCAAUGCUACACUAGUGAAUGUGAUCGGGGUGUAUCCAACAGGUUUUACUCAAUCAGCAGUUUUUACUGAUUCGUACGAUUUGACGUUAUACAAUUUUAAAGUUUCGUAUUCAGCCAGUGCCAAUCAAGUCGGACAAAAUCUUUUUUGUUUUGCUGGAGUCGAUUCGAUUGGUAAUCAAGGUGAUGCCACAUGUCUUCGUUUUACUGUUCAGUUAGGUUCUGAUAGUCGUAACACUCUGUACGUGAACAACGCUACUCAUUUCCCUACUGGUCUAGUAUCGAAAUAUCAAUCAAGUUGGACAAUACUCUAUCCAUCUGGAAUAACAUACAGUCGACCAAAUACUGAUGCUUUCGUUCGAUUUAAACUUGCCACGACCAAUACUGACUUUGUGACUUACAACGUACUUAAACAGCCUGAUAAUGUUAUUUACCAUUCUGAUCGAUUAGAGAUUAUAUCGGACAUCACUUUCAGCACAGGUCAACAAUUCUACAUAUCAAUCGAUUCUGGCGUCUUUUUACCAAUAGCAACUUGUUUACGUGAUUCCAUGGGAAUAACAGACAGUACGUUUUGGACAUUUUAUACCGCAGUAGAACCUAGUACGUCGACAACGACAAGCACAACAACAACUUUCACGACCGUCACCAUACAGAACCGAACAAUACCAACGAUUCGAACUAUACCGCCGACCCUGCCUGCAACAACGAGCGCAAAGCGAACAACGAUUGAAUUCAGCACUACAACUGCUAUAAGUACAACUAAUAAAAACAUUUUUCCGACAUCUUCGUAUCCAGUCAGUACAGCUGUCGGUGCCACCAUUGGGGCAGUCAUCGUGAUUACUCUAAUGAGCUUAUUGAUUCACCAUACUGUGAAACGUUAUCGAACGAAAUCGGUGGUCAAAUUAGAGAAUGAAGAAAGUAAGACGGAGACAGACUCUGAUACUUCUCCACAGUAUCGUUUGACCACACGAACUGCUGCACAGCCCGCGAGUAAAGCGAACGAUUUCAACGUACGUGAUAUCGUACAACUAACAACAGCGAAACGCCAAAAUCUAAUCGUUAUGAAUUAA